AGUCGUAAUUAUUUUUUGAAACAGUAUAUUUUAUUUAGGAAGAAAGAGUGAAAGAGCAGUUAAGAUUUUUUAGGGAUGAUUGUUGAAAUCAUACCAUUCACUCACAUAUAGGGUGAUUUAUUUGUUUUGCAUUAUAAUUUUUAUAUUGAAUAUUCAUUAAAUCCCCUAUAAAAUCCAUCACUUCCCUUGACUGAAACGCACAUUUAUUUUUUCUCUCCUCUCUAAACCUCUUUCCUUUCUACUAAAAAAAAUAAAAAUGGCUUCAAUGGCUUCCGCCGCCCUAUCUUCCAAAUUAAGCAAGCCGGUCUUCCUAGACUCGGCUGUCUAUGGAACCCCUUUAACCACCCCAAUCCACAAAUCUAUCUACUACAAGCCAUCCACCAAGUCUAGCAUUUCCAUGUCUGCCGCCCCAGCCCCAGCCCCAGCCCCACUCCCGUACGACCUUAACAACUACAAAUUCGACCCUAUCCGUGAAUCCAUCGUGGCUCGGGAGAUGACCCGGCGUUACAUGACCGACAUGAUCACGUACGCAGAUACCGAUGUGGUCGUGAUCGGGGCCGGGUCAGCCGGGCUUAGCUGUGCUUACGAGCUGAGCAAGAACCCAAACAUCAACAUAGCCCUCAUUGAGCAAUCCGUGAGCCCUGGAGGAGGAGCAUGGCUCGGUGGCCAGCUUUUCUCCGCCAUGAUCGUCCGCAAGCCUGCUCAUCACUUCCUUGAUGAGCUUGAGAUCGAUUACGAUGAGCUAGAACACUACGUGGUUAUCAAACAUGCUGCCCUUUUCACCUCCACCAUUAUGUCAAAGCUUUUGGCCCGACCGAAUGUGAAGCUAUUUAACGCUGUUGCGGCUGAGGAUUUGAUCGUGAAAGGAGGCCGUGUUGCUGGGGUUGUGACAAACUGGGCACUAGUUUCAAUGAACCACAACACACAGAGUUGUAUGGACCCAAACGUGAUGGAGGCUAAGGUUGUGGUUAGCUCAUGUGGACAUGAUGGUCCAUUUGGUGCAACCGGUGUGAAGAGGUUGCAAGAUAUUGGUAUGAUUAAAACUGUACCAGGGAUGAGUGCUUUGGACAUGAACCUUGCUGAAGAUGCUAUUGUCAGGUUGACUAGGGAGGUUGUUCCUGGUAUGAUUGUUACUGGUAUGGAAGUUGCCGAGAUUGACGGCGCUCCACGAAUGGGUCCAACUUUCGGCGCUAUGAUGAUUUCAGGACAAAAGGCGGCCCACCUAGCUCUGAGAGCAUUGGGCCUAGACAAUGCUCUAGACGGUACAGUAGCAGAGCCCAAACCUGAGUUCACUCUGGCUUCUUCUGAAACAACAGACGUUGUUGAUGCUUAAGUAAAUGAAGGCCCAAACCCAACCCAUACUAUGCCUAAUGUUGCAGAAGGCAAGGAGAGUGUAAUAAUAUGGGUGUUGUUGAUUCAACCCCCUUAAUUAGGUCAUUUUGUGUGUUGUAAAUGCAACUUUCUUUAGAACCUUUCAUUUCUUUUCCUAAAUGGUUAGUACUUUGGUCCUUUUCUUGAUCAAAAUCCGAGCAUUUUGUUCGUGAUUUAUGUUUGAAACUUUCAAGUGACAAUGUUAUAUUAUGGGGGUGUGGCGUUUGACA